UCUCAACGACCUGGUACGUGAGCUAAUCAUGGCUCCUUCUAAUGGUCCCCGUAACGGGAAGCAUACGAAAUCCUCACAACGGCAUUCUUUGAAGCGCAAGCGAGCCCAGGAUGAUUUGUCGACUCUCACCCAGCGGGUUGAAGAACUCGAUCUCAAGGAAACCUACAAAUCCUUUUCCGAUCUUCCCUUGUCUGAACCAACUGCUUCGGGACUCGAGUCCUCUCAUUUCAAAACCCUCACUGAUAUUCAGUCCCGUGCGAUCGGCCAUGCCUUGAAGGGUCGGGAUAUUUUGGGCGCCGCAAAGACCGGCAGCGGCAAAACACUAGCUUUUCUCAUCCCGAUUCUCGAGAAUCUUUAUCGCAAGCAGUGGGCUGAGCACGAUGGAUUAGGCGCCUUGAUCCUCUCCCCGACUCGCGAACUCGCCAUUCAGAUCUUUGAGGUACUCCGCAAAAUCGGUCGCUACCAUACGUUCUCCGCCGGUUUGAUUAUUGGUGGGAAGAGUUUGAAGGAGGAGCAAGAGAGACUGGGAAGAAUGAAUAUCUUGGUUUGCACGCCGGGUCGUAUGCUGCAACAUUUGGAUCAGACGGCUAUGUUUGAUGUGUAUAACUUGCAAAUGCUGGUGUUGGACGAGGCGGAUCGUAUCCUGGACAUGGGCUUCCAGAAAACCAUAGAUGCCAUCGUUGGCCAUCUACCCAAGGAGCGCCAGACACUGCUCUUCAGCGCUACGCAAACAAAGAAGGUGUCAGAUCUGGCCCGGUUGAGUUUGCAGGAUCCCGAAUACGUCGCUGUCCAUGAGGCGGCAUCUUCCGCAACUCCCUCUACACUCCAACAGCAUUAUGUUGUUACUCCUUUGCCACAGAAGCUUGAUGUUCUAUGGAGUUUCAUCCGGAGUAACUUGAAAUCAAAAACGAUUGUGUUCAUGUCUUCCGGAAAGCAGGUGCGAUUUGUUUACGAAUCUUUCCGCCAUUUACAACCAGGUAUCCCUUUGAUGCAUCUUCAUGGCCGGCAGAAGCAGGGUGGACGACUCGACAUUACAGCUAAAUUCUCACAAGCAAAGCAUGCAGUCCUCUUUUCGACCGAUAUUACUGCUCGUGGUUUGGACUUCCCGGCCGUCGACUGGGUCAUUCAAAUGGAUUGUCCUGAAGACGCCGAUACCUACAUUCAUCGAGUCGGGCGGACAGCGCGAUAUGAACGUGAUGGACGUGCGGUGUUGUUCUUGGAUCCUAGCGAGGAGACAGGAAUGCUGAAACGUCUCGAGCAAAAGAAGGUUCCGAUCGAACGCAUCAACAUCAAGGCGAACAAGCAGCAGACUGUCAAAGACCAACUUCAGAACAUGUGCUUCAAGGACCCAGAACUCAAGUAUUUGGGACAAAAGGCGUUUAUCUCCUACGUGAAAUCGGUUUACGUCCAGAAGGACAAGGAGGUUUUCAAACUAAAGGAGCUUAAGCUGGAAGACUUCGCUUCUAGUCUUGGUCUUCCAGGUGCUCCCCGUAUUAAAUUCAUCAAGGGAGACGACACCAAGGAGCGCAAGAACGCAUCGCGGGCAGUUGCCUACAUGUUGAGCGACGAUGAUUCUGAUGAGGGCGAGAAGACUACUAAGAAGGACGAGAAGCAGGUCCGGACUAAAUACGACAGAAUGUUCGAGAGGCGCAAUCAAGAUGUUCUGGCCGACCACUAUUCGAAACUUAUCAACGAUGAUGGCACAUUAGUUGAUCCCAGCAAGACUACGGGUGCAACAGAUGAUGCGGAUGAGGAUGACGAUUUCCUGUCUGUCAAACGUCGCUUCGACGCUGGAGAUGACGACUUGGGAGGUAGCUCUGAGGAAGAGUCCGCGCCGAAGGGUGUUAAGGUGGUACAACUCGAUGGCAAGGAUUCACUGGUCAUCGAUUCAAAACGUCGGGAGAAGCUACUCAAGUCGAAGAAGAAGUUGCUCAAAUUCAAAGGGAAAGGAACGAAACUUGUGUACGACGACGAGGGCAACGCGCACGAAAUGUACGAAAUGGAAGACGAAGAAGAUUUCAAAGCCCGUGGAGAUGCCAAGGAUCAGAAAGCCCAGUUUUUGGCCGAGGAAACCGAGCGGACGCGUGUUGCCGAUGUGGAGGACAAAGAGGUGGCCAAACAGAAGAAACGGGAGAAGAAAGAGAAACGCAAGGCCCGGGAGCGCGAGUUGCUUGCGGAGGAAGAAGCAGAGGAGGCCGUGGCACAGCUGGCUCCAUACGACGACGAGAUGUCUGCAUCAGAACGGGAAGACGAUGCACCUCGACCCAGCAAGAAGCAAAAGGUCCGCAUUGCAGAGCCCGCCGAGAGCGAUGUGGAAUCCAAGUACAAGAAGAGCAAGAGAGCAGCUCCCAAGGCCCCCGAGCAAAUCCAGACCUUGGAAGAUCUGGAGUCGUUGGCUACUGGAUUGCUUGGGUAAAGAGAUGUUUCAUCAAUGGGUAUAUCCUUUUCUGUCUUUUUUAUUCGUCCUACUUAGCGGAGUAUCAAAAGCAUGACCAUGAUCUAUGUAUAUAGUAAGUACCUAGUCGGUAUGAUAAAC